CUGUGCUGGAGGUCAGCUGUUCUCAAUCCCUCUUUCUCACUCCCUUUCUCUCUGUCUCGUCCCUUCUUUCCCUCUGCAGUGGAGGGUCCUCGCAUCUUUCUCUCCCUCCCUCCCCUCCCUCCCCGGCGCCUCUUGGGUUGCAAUACACAGUGAUGUGUUAACUACAGGAUGCCCAGCAGCACUGGAAAGAGGUUUAAACCUACUAAAUACAUCCCUGUCUCCACAGCAGCUGCCUUAUUAGUGGGUUCGACUACUUUAUUUUUUGUUUUCACGUGCCCCUGGUUAACAAGAGCCAUCUCCCCAGCCAUCCCUGUGUACAAUGGGCUCGUGUUCUUGUUCGUACUUGCAAACUUCAGCAUGGCAACUUUCAUGGACCCUGGAGUUUUUCCACGAGCAGAUGAAGAUGAGGAUAAAGAUGAUGACUUCCGAGCUCCACUCUACAAGAAUGUGGAGAUUAAAGGAAUCCAAGUACGGAUGAAAUGGUGUGCCACGUGCCAUUUCUAUCGCCCGCCCCGCUGCUCCCAUUGCAGCGUCUGUGACAACUGUGUUGAGGACUUUGACCAUCACUGCCCAUGGGUCAACAAUUGCAUAGGACGGAGGAACUACCGAUAUUUUUUCCUCUUCUUGCUGUCCUUAAGCACACACAUGGUUGGAGUGUUCAGCUUUGGGCUGAUCUAUAUUUUAAACCAUAUGGAAAAGCUGGGGGCAGCUCAUACUACCAUUACCAUGGCUGUCAUGUGUGUGGCUGGAUUGUUCUUUAUCCCAGUCAUUGGUCUCACAGGUUUCCAUAUUGUUCUAGUGGCACGAGGGCGUACAACCAAUGAGCAGGUGACGGGUAAGUUCCGUGGGGGGGUGAAUCCUUUCACUCGGGGAUGCUGUGGUAACGUGGAACAUGUGCUCUGCAGCCCUCUGGCUCCCAGGUACAUUGUUGAGCCAAAGAAAAAGCAGGCUGCAAGUGUGAAGCCUCCUUUCUUCAGACCAGAUCUUUCCGAGCGACAGAUCACAGUGAAGAUAAGUGACAAUGGGAUCCAAGCCAAUCUUCACCGAAGCAAGUCUAAAGUUAGCCUGGAAGGUCUGGAGGAUAAAACCAUGGACACCCAGCCACCUCUGCCUCCUAAAGGAGAUCCAAGCAAGUAUUCUGAACUAAAGGGGCAGCUGGGAACCAGUGAAGAAAGUGGUCUUUCACCUAAAUUGAUCAGUCCCCCCACUCCUGCCAUGUAUAAGUAUCGACCAGCUUUCAGCAACAAUCCCAAAGUCCACUACCAUGCUGCAGCUGAGCAGAUCACCAUGCAGGAGGGACACAAGCAAGGAGUAUUGAUUGAAGAGAACAACCAGAGCCUUGAUUAUCAAUCGGAGCCCAACCUGGACAUCCCGAACUACAGGAAGAGCUCGCUUCACAAGACUUAUCAGUCCUCCCCACUCCAGAUAGACUCCUUCGCCGUCAAUUCGCGAUCCCUGAGCUUGAAGUCUGCCAGCAGGAGAGGGACAGACAAAGUGCCGCUUCAUCCAAUAAAAUCAGAAGGGGCUGCUUCCACCCCCUACAAAAGCAUCUUUUCCCCCAACUCCCUGUCAAACAGAAAUGGAAGUCUGUCUUAUGAUAGUUUGCUAAACUCCAUGUCCCCCUCCGGGAGGAAAUGCAUAGCCCAUUCUGCUGUUGGCUCCGUCGGGUACCAUUCACCAUAUUUGUCAGCCAAAAUGUGCCACCUACGGGGGAGCGAGCUGCAGCGCCAGGCACCACAGAGUUUCAGCCCAGUGCUGGGGGGCCCAGCGCCACACCAACGGGACCCCUCUCCCGUCCGUUACGACAACCUUUCAAAAACCAUCAUGGCAUCCAUCCAGGAGAGGAAAGAAAUGGAAGAAAGGGAGAAGCUCCUCCUCUCACACCCGGAUUCGGUGUUUGCAGACUCGGGUGUGUAUGACACCCCUAGCUCUUACAGCCUUCAGCAAGUCAGCGCGCUGUCUGAAGACCCUCGCAGCAUGGUGAUGAGAUAUGGCUCCAGAGACAAUUUGAUGAAGGCGACCAGUUUUAGCACAAGGAACCCUAUACUCCAAUCCUCGGUGUCUUCCCUCUCAAGUGCAAUGGCCAGGGCACCAAGGACUUCCACAACUUCCCUUCAAGCCGAUUUAGCCAAUAACAAUGUCCAGUCCCAACAGGCACUACAGGGCAGGGUGAGCAAUGGCUCCUACAAGUCACCAGGCCAUCAGGUCCCAUCAUCCCCUACAGGGAUGCCUAGGUCACCCUCUUAUGGAGGUCCGAAGGCUGUCUCAUUUGUUAACACUGUGGAAAUAACAGAGGUGCAAUCUGUGGGAGCACAAAGGGAGGACAUGCAGUUGAAGACACCUCACAGUAAAAUAAAUGGACAGCCAAAAGGAAUUUCCAGGGCAGAUUGUCGAUUGGGUUCAACGUCAAGUUCCCAGGGGGCCCCGGUCAGUCCUGCUAGACACUCUAACGUUAAGAAGGUGUCUGGCGUUGGUGGAACAACCUAUGAAAUUUCAGUGUAAAAUAAAAAGAAAUUUAAAAUAAAGAGCCAUCCAUUAAGCCAGCCAUGAAGCUAGGUGCACUGUGAAGACUCAAACAACAUCAACCACAAAAGGAGCAGCAGCUGCCAGUGUCCUUUUUUGUUUUUUUUCUGUUUGUUUGUUUUCAUCUUUCUCUUUUGGCCAAAAAAGAGCUGCAGCCUUAUUCUUGUGGGAAUAAAAUUGUACAGUCCAUCAGAAACUGUCUUGAACUGACUGCGGAAACUGGCUACCACCUAGCACCACAACCAUAGAGAUUAUUUCUUUCAUGAAAGAGAGUGAAAAGCCAUUGUGUAUUUGUCUGUCAAACAAAACUGUUGUGUAAAAGUUGUGCUGUGAUGAAGAAUUAAUCUGGGGUCAUGUUUUUCCUCACCACGAGUUUUCUGGCCAGCAAAAUCUCGGGACAAGCCCUGGCCUGACUGCUGUUUUCUUACAGACAUGGAGACCAGACUCCCUGUUCGCAGUCUGUGUGUAUGAGAACUACCAUUUGUCCCCAAAGCAUUGUUGGUGUUAUUCCUCCUGCUUUAAAGGAACCAGACAGGACACAGUGGCCCUCAAGCAUCAUGUAGUGUUUUCAUGUCUCUCUCUCUCUCUCUCUCUCUCCCCACCCCCAUCACUUGCUCUGGGCGGGAGGGGAGAAAGAAUAGCAGCAGCUUCUCACUGUCCAAGAUUCGCCUCCCUGUGUGUGAAAUUCUGUGUGUGUCCAUUUGUGUCUUAUGGAAUCGGACUGCCACAUAAGUAAGGAUUUUUCAUUCCUCCCUGUUACUCCCCCUCCCUCUAUUUUUAAAGACUUCUGAUUCUGAAAAACAAGCCUCUAAGACAUAAAAAAAAUUCAGAUGGGAAACUAUCUCUCUCCUCCUUUUUGUUGAUGGGAUUUAUGCAGUAACAUGGUUUAUUGUCUUGCAGUGGUGCAGUGUGUAUAAUCUUAGAGGAAAGUUAUCACGAUCCAUUGAGUUUUGCAGUGUGUGUGUGACUGAGCCAAGCACAUACCUAGAGGAUAUAAAUUUGCUGCCUACCUAAUGAGCACCAGCCCUCUGGGCAGAAAGUUUUUUCCAGUCAAUAACUUUUUUCAAUAUCAGUUAUGUCCAUUUAGUUCUCUGGGCUUUCCUCCUUCUCCUGCCCUCACAAAGCUAUGUUUACCUUUUUGGAUUUUGAGGCAGCAUUAUUUUAAGAACCAAAAAAGAGCCAGGCAGAUAGCGUAUGGAAUCUCUGCCUUCUGACUGGCUCUUCAGAGGUAAAUAGGUUUUGCUGGACAUCUAAAUUCAUCUUCCCUUCAGGAUGUUGGCUUCAAAGAGAGUAAUGUUUUCUCUGCAUGCCAUGCUGAAAAUGGAGAGAUCUCUAGAUAUUUGAUAGUUAGAAUUUAUGUAACAAUACAUAAACACUAAGAUUUAUUGUACAUUGAGGAAAAUACUGACCUCAGCUUUGCCUUAGUUAACAUUUGCCUCAUGAUUCAGUAAAUCUUGGCAGCCACCUCAAUAUCUGCUUAUUAUGUCCCUUGUAUAUCACAUUUCUUUUUGAGAGGUCGGAUCGAAAUGUAUGAAGUUAAUCAUGCUUCUGAGUAACGAUCUUGGCUUGAACCAGAUCAUCUGAAGAGAGAAAUUUGGAAAGUAAUAUAGUGGAAAUAGACCUAAGUAAUAGUGGACAGCAAACUAGAUAUAAGCUCGCAGUGCAGUAUGACAGCAAAAAGGCCCAGUAUCAUUUUGAACUGCAUACACAGAGGUAUCAGAGAGCAGAGAAGUAGUAAUCCCUCUAUAUAGGUUUGGUAUAAUUUUAUCUAGAGUAUUGUCAUUAGUUACAGGCACUUUAUUGCCAGAACGAUACUGGGCAGAAAUGAUACUGACAAAUUGGAUCAAGUUUAGAGGGGAACAACAGAUAUAAACAGAGAGCUGGAGAGGCUGAUUUAUAAAAAGAUUAAGAGGUAAAAAUAUGUAAUUAAUUGACUGAGCAAUGAUUAAGGGAAGGGGGUAUGAUAAGCUUACAGAUAUGUAAUUUAAAGAAUGUAGUCCCAAAAGUGAUACAAGGGGUUAUCACUGGUAGCAAAUGGUGUAUUUUUAAAAGGAAAAACAUUAAACUAAUAGUAGGGGAAGGGGUUGUGAAAUAGUCUUUAGUAGGAAGCCUGACCACUUAGAACAUUUAAACUAAAUUGGACAAAGUAUUAGAAAACCUUCUACAGGGAGCAAUCGUGUACGGGCAAGGGGCUGGUCUAGAUGGCUUUAUAGUUCUCUUCUAUCUUUAAUUUCUACUCAUCUGCAAUUCCAGCACAAAUUUAACUCCUUGAGGGGUGAAAUUCAUCUCUGUGGAGAGAGUAGCACAAGGCCUGUGCAUCACUUAAGGACCACUUAAUGUCACACUUAAGCCAUCAAAACGGGUUAAACGGAACAUAGACCUUGUGUUGGCAGUCUGUACAGGGGCAGAUUAUAUCACCCUGAGUGAUUAUAAAACCAAGCCAUCCAAGUGAGGCUUUUAUAUUGCACCAAUGUAGCUUUUAAAAUAUGCAUCCCAUGGCACUACACUUUGAACAUACUUUACAAUGUUAGAAAAGAAAAAUCCACAUAUUUUAAGGGCAAAAGGGUCUUUGAAAUUACUACAUAAGUUCCUGAGCAAGAAUGGCUUAAUAAGACUAAACACAGUAUUAUAUGUGUAAACCUUUCAAAUACUUAUAGCUAGGGUUAUUUAGCUAUAACUCAUGUGGAGAGAGGAAGAAAAAUGAUUGCAUUGGUGAUACAAAUAAUUAGGUUAAGGUGCAAGUUCUAUAUACUUUUUCUGACGGUGGUUUAACUAGAAUUAAGAUUCAUCUGGCACAUUAAUAGUGUUAUGAUGGUACUAAAAUUUUUUUUUGAAGUUUGCAUAAUAGAGUAAUGUGAAUGACCUGGAGAUGGAAGUAAAUUUUUCAAUUCUUUCUGGAAGUAGUAAUCUAAGAAAUAAUCUGAGAUUGCACUCAGCAAAUUCAGCUCCAUUCCUAUCUAAAGCCCCAGUCCUGCAAUUGGAGCCACAUGAGCACAAGCAUCUGCUUGCACAGUUCUGUUAGAUGAGUGGGGAUCUACUCAUUAGCAAAACUGCUGUUGAUUUUGGGAGCAAGAUCUGGCCCAUGUUAUUUUUUCAAGCUUUCCAAAAUUGCAGUUCUUUAAGCAUUUACAAAUUAUCAAUGAUGUGCUAUUUUUACUCACAUAGUCCUUCAGUUUUUAUAGACAGUAAGGCCCAGAACUUCAGAUGGUGUGAUUUGGUGUAGCGCUCUUUAUGUUGGAUAGAACUAUGCCAAUUUACAUUAAUUGAGGAUCUGAUCCCCUGGAUCAUAACAGAAGAUCCACUGCAGGUUAAUAUGUUUUUAAAGUAGCCUCUUGUUUUGUCUUUCUUAAUUUGUGCUUCAAAAGUCUUAAAUCUUUUUAAUAUGUUUUUAUUUUUAGCAGUAGAUUGUAUAUUAUGUCUAUUUCUUAUUUAAGAAACAUCAAGUUUUCAUUGCAAAUCCCAUUUUAUUAGCAUCAUUUCACUGUUCAUUCAUUCCAGUUUAACAACCCAGUUUCAUUUUAGUACAGUGUAUCUUGAGAGCAGUAGCUUUAAUUAACUGUAUAAUAAAUAGAGUAACAUGAUAUUAAAUGAACCUUACUCCCUGAAUGGGUGAGAGAGGAGAUGUUUUUACUUGAAGCCUUACAAUUUUUCUUUUUUUUUUUUACUUCUUUGUGUGUUGACUUAAUAGGAAAACCUGCAUAGCAAUGAAUUUGAAACGGUGGGCUAAAUUCUGCUCUGACUUACAACUGACAUUUGGCUCUGUAUGUUGAAACCUGGAUGCAGAAGUACCUGAGUGAGCAAAAAUGUUGUGUUGUCUGAAGGGGAAAAAAACCUCAGGGUUCUAUAUUUUCAUGUAGCUGGGUAAUAAAGUUUCAGAGAAGUGCAGCUUGUGAGUAAGUAUAUUAAAGAAAUCUCUACCUUGCAUUAUUGUGGGAGGCUAUCACAGGAAGCACACAGUCAGCACAUGUUUGUAUUUACUUUUUAAAUUAAAUAAAACCCAAAUUCAAUCAUUUCUUUUGGUUAACCUCAGCUGUAAGAGCUACCCAGACCUAUGCUUUAAUGUCAAAAAUCUGAUAUGUGGCAAAUGAACUGUUUGUGUUGCUGUUUUGAAAGUGGAACCCAAGUAUUAUCUGAACUUUGCCUAGGAUAAUUGCAUCAUGAAUACUAUAAGGAAGCCUCUUCAGAUGAUGGCUGCACUCCUAUAAAGCUUAAAUGAUCUGGACAUUGCAAUGCAGUUUUCUUUGUACUAUACCUCUGGUCUAGCCUAGAGAUACAUAUUUGAAGAGGGAAGGGUCGGGAGGGUCAAUGUUGCUGUCACGUAGCCAGUUUGGGAUGUUUAUGUUGACAUGUUUUUACAGUCUAUAUUGCACCUGUCCUGCCACCUUGAAUUGUUGGAAUGUAUCUGUGCAGGCUUUGUGGAGCUCUGUCUAUAAAACAUUUUUUGGCUUUGGUCAUACAUAUAGGGAUAGAUAGAUAGAUAGAUUUAAAUGCUUGAGUUACUUUGGUAUUUUAAGGUGUCAAGUUUUCCUGGAGUUUCUGCAUCAGACUGUAUCGCUUCAGUAUUAUCUAGAAGGCUCAUAUGUUCUUUCUACCCCUUUUCUGAGGCCUUGUUAAUGUUCCAUUGAUUACAUCACAUUCCAUGGGCGAAAUCCUAAGUGACCUGGAGCAUCUUCAGCUCCCCCUGACUACACUGAGAGUUGCAGAUACUCAGCACCGUCCUGGGCUGGCCUCCAUGUAUGUGUAAAAUGUAGAAGUGUGUGAAAUGUGGUAGUCUUGCAUGGAACAAAGGUCAGUCUGGAUGCAAAAACCUCCAGUGGUAAAACACAAAAGGAACUAAUUGUAUCUUAAAUACCUUCUUCCAGAUGCCUAAAAGAGGGUGGAAAAACAAGAUGAGAUGACUCCUUAUCGUAAUCUCUGAAGGCACUUGUAUUGCGAAUGAUUAACUGUGGUAUCCAGGACAGCAGGAUGUGUACAUCUGACAGAUAGCAAAAUUCCAGUCUGUCUAACCAUCUCUAUCAACCCCUAUUUGUUUCUAGAAUGUGACAAUAUGCCAGUUAUGUCUGUGCUACUAGUUUAUAGUUGAUACAGUUUCCAAACCCUCUUAAGAGCAGCUGCUGUGGGAUCUUAGAAGCCAUAAUGUGCUGUAUGGUGACACUGAGAAAGGAUUCAUUCAUGAAGGGUGUUCAUUGUAAAUGCUUGUCAUGCUUGUGUUCUGGAGUCUCUUUGAGUGAUAAAGAUUAAGCUAUAUAUAUAGAAUGAUCAGAUCCUCAGCCAGUGUAAAUCAGCAUCGCUCCAUUGACUUCAGUUCAAAUGGCUGAGGGUCUGGCCCACUAUAUUUUAUAUAAAAUCAUUCCAGCUUAUUCAGAUGUUUUCUAUAAGACACAGCUAAAUUUACUAAGUUAGCAUUAAUUUCUCUGAUUUCUUUUUAGAGUCCUGUGGGUCAAGUUUCGGCUCACUUUUAAAACUAGAGACAAGAAUGUAAUAUUUGAAACAAGGAGAGACACAGAUGGGAACUACUUGUGCAGGUGAAAAUGGCUUUUAGGGGAAGAACAAUUAUAUACUAAGUGGAUUUGAAUUACUGUCAAAAUAAUUUUUGUUCGUCUUAUCACAAUAACUGGAGUUUUUUAAAGAAGACAUCUCACAGCUCGUGAACCUGUAUCAUCGAAACAUUUCAAAAAUGUCUCGGUUAGACAUUUCAAACUAGAUGGUGAAAUAUGAUUUACUUCCAUAGUUAAAAAGAAUUCUAAAGAACCGAUGGUACAUUUGACUGUGCCUUAUAAAGAUAUAUGAUAUAUGUAUAUAUAUCUAUAUAAUAUAUACAUAAAUGUGUACAUAUAUUCAAAGAAAACUGGUUAGAGAUCUGCUCAUCUGGUAUAUUUUAAAAGUGCGACUGAUGUUUGUUUACAGAAACAAAAUUAGGGGCUGUGUCAGCUGCAAUAUAUAUACCAAAAAUAUUUGUUGAAAUACAAGCUGAAAAUACAAUAGAAGGUUAGAUCAGAGACAGCAUCUCUGCCAAAGGGUUCUCUUGAAGGCUCUGAAAAAGUAAAAUCAAGUAGGUGGCAGAACAAGUUAAGACUCUUUUGAGGAACAUUUAAAAAGAGGAGUGGUUAUGAAGACUUGGGGAAAACCAGUGUUAUUAUCUUAGACCUUGUCCUUCAGCUUAGUUCCAUAUAUUUAUUUUCACUGUUACACCCUCCUGUUGCCCCAUAUCUUAUGUAUUCACCUUCUUUCAAAGCAAUUGUAGAAAGCAGGAUAGAGGACGUGAUGAUCUUGCUGUGGUAAAUCCUUUGUUCCAGUUCUGUUCUAUGCAUGUCUCCAUAUCCCCAAGUGUGUGCAAUAUGGCUGUCUUAGUAUAUGAUGUCUAUUAGCAUACUUCUUGGACCUGGAUCUACAAAGAGGGGAAACAUGCCUGGUGCUCAAAGGAAUAAAGCAGGGUGAGUGUGGAAGGGUGGGUUGCAUUUCCUAAAAGAGGGUGAGAGGAUAGAAAAGUGGAAGUAAUUCCUCAAACCAAAGCAGCUUUGGAAAAGCUGGCUCAUGUACAGCAGUAAGACACCUUGUGUUUCAUUGACCUUGGCAGCAUUUCAUUAGUCCUUUCAUGUGAACAAACUGACCUCAAACAAUUUCUUCCUCAGUAGACACACAGCCAUACCCAUAUACUCAGCUAUGGCUUUUGCACAUUUUUGGACAUUAGAUCUUGUUUCAGCGUGAGAUAAGUGAGUCUAGGUUUAAAUGAUUCACCCUCUCUGGUGAUUGUAAGGAAGAACUUACAUUAUCCAUAUUAUCUUUUCCCUACACUUUCUUUCCCUCACACUAUCUCAUGCCAUGCAGCUAUCCUGUUACAUUUUGUUCACAUUCAUUCCUUUCUGUGGAUCCUUCAGACACUUGUACCAUAGAACUGGGGUCCUCUAUUGCUCUUCUUCAACAGUAACUGUUUGUGGGAAUUAAAGAGGAUUAACACUAGCUGUCCUCCAUGUGUUAGAUCUAGUGUGUAGAUCCACUCCCGGAAUAUCUGGCCUCAGCCACAAUAGCAGAUGUGGAGACACUGGCUGUCUGGUCAACAUGAACAUAAUCAGCAUCUGCAGAUAUUCCAGCUAUCCAUUCCUCAUUAAUCAAAGUUGCUCAGGACUUCUUGUGCACAACCCUUUAAGUGGAGGCACCCAGUUUGUGGUCCAGUGCUAUAGCAAAAGAGUAUGUUAUGAUUUAUGGGCCAGGUUCUGCUCCGUUCCUGGGCCUUCCAAUAGUCACACAGAAUCUGAAAACUCCUUAUGGGAGAAGAGAAGUACAGCCAACACAAAAGUUCAAAAAUUGCUGUUUUGUUCUUUCAUUUUCUCUGCAUUCUUCUCUUGCGCCUUCAAGGCACAUCUGGUUCAUAUUGUCAAGCUUUUCUUCACAACCAUAAGGACUUUAUUGUUUUAAAGUGAAAGCAGUGAUUCUCACAUAAUCAUGACUCUGGGAGCUGGGGUUUUAAGCCAAAUAUCAAAAAUUCUGAGACUUGCCAUAAAAUCCUGAGAGUUGGCAACACUGUAAUGUAAUUUCCUAAAAAACACCUAAGGAAAGCCCUAUUUGCAAAGUGGCUGUUCACAGAGCCUGACUCACCACAGCAUUAUGCUCAUGUGACUCUAUAGAGUUACACUGGUGUAAAACUGGAGUAACAUAGUGAAUUAGAGCCCCAUAGCCAUCUCUAUGUUCUGACUAGCAAAACUCUUGUCUCAAAAUUAAUCCUUUGGCAAUUCUCCUGCACUUGUUUGUUUGAAAAAAUAAUAUAGUUACUUUCCUGCCUACCCUGACCAAGAAACCAUCUGAUGGUAUGAUAUGGAUUUUGUUGGCUAGUGUAUGCCCCAAAUUUGGGACUUUCAAAACCAGAUUAUGUGAAUUGGAUGUCCAAUCCCUUUGACAGCUUUGAAAGUCCCAGUUUAAAUUUAAGAUUCGUUGAGACAAACAAAGGUAAUAUUCAUGCUGUCUUUAGAAUUCCAGCCAAAACAAGUUCUUGCUUGGAUUUCAACACCACCUUGCAAUCCUUGUGCCAGCGCAUGAGAACCAGAUGAAGAAACUGACUGGAAACAAAAAUGAAAUUGUCCCAUCUGUUUUCACUCUGAGAUCUGUUCGGAGUGCAGAAAGCAAGCAAAGAGUAAAAAAUUGACUAGAUUUCUUAAAUUAUUUCAGUUUUAAAUGAUCUAAAGUGUCAUUGUUAAUUACUUAAGUAAGACAUUUUGUAUUUUAAAAAUUUCCCCUUUGCAGAAAACCAAAACCAAAAACCAUCCACCUUACAAACGUAAAUGGUUUAAAAGCCUUUCUUGUAAGAAGGUCAUGUAGGUUACCAGCCAUGUAAAAUCCUCAGGACCCUAUUGAAAUUUCCAGGGUUUAUUUAAUCUCUUAAAAAUCCCACCACUCCAUAUCAGUGCUCACUUACUGGCAUGUUUUUUGCUCCAUGGGGUCAAGAGUACCAUUCUGAGGAUGCACUUAAGCUAUUGCCUGGACUUGAUGCCUGCUGGAAAAACUUUCAGUGAGAUAGUUUAGGGAAAAGAUUAAAAGAAUAUACCAGGUUUGCCUUGGAAAAGUUGAUGCCAGAGUAAGAGAUUAAGGAAAAGUUAGGCUGUCAUCUGAGGAAUGUAUCGCUUUGUAAUUACCGUCCAUGUUUUGGAACCAAAGUGUCCUUAAGUGAGUAUGUAUUGAGCCACAGCUGCACACAUGGUCCUCAACGGAGCCUGACUCUAGGGCUUUUCACACCAAAACCCCAGCCUUGGCCACCUGAGAUAAACAAGUAACUCUCUUAGAUAUGGCAUGAGAGAGUACCUGUUUCCAGAGAGACAUGAUACCACAUAUUAAGCCAGUGAAUUACAUAUGCACAGCUCCCAAUGAAGUGGUGAAAGCCUGACCCCAUUAAAGUGAAUGAGUUUUGCCAUUGACUUCAGUGGAUCUUGGAUUUCACCCAAUGUGUAGUUCUUAAGUGGCACCUUUAGGACAUAAGUUAUCUAACAUUAGAACAACAUUUAGGGCUCCUAAUUAGAAUUGGUCAAAAAUGUUCAAUAAUUUUCAACAAAGGGCAUUUUUUUGUGAAAACUUUCACCAAUAUUUCCCCAUCUUUUGAUGAGCUGUACUUCUAAUGGUCCUGCUGCAGCACUCCCACAAAGCCAGUGUAAAAGGGCUCUAUACAGGGGAUCUAAAAUGGCCUGGGAUGAAGAAGGAAUCCUUCAUCCACAAGCUAGGGUUUUGGUAAUGGAGCAGCAAAGCAGUCCUCAGCUGUCUUCCUGCAUUCACCUCCAUGGGAAAUCUACACCUGUGGAUCAUGGGCCAUGGCUGAUAGGUCAGUUCCCGUACCAUGUCCUAGACCACCUGCACUGUAGCAGAGAAGCACUGUGCCUAUGGAGGUGAAUAGAUUCCGUGUGCUUCACAUACACUGGAACCACAGCAGUUUCACUGUGUUGAAAGACUCCUUCACCCAUUUUAGAAGAGUGACAGCAUAUGGUCCUAAGUUACUGAAUGUCUUCAAAAUGCUUCAGGAUCCUUGGAUGAGAGCCACUAGGGGAUCACAAUUUAAUAUUAUAACUUCUAUUAUGGCAGACAAUGCUCACAAUAAUAAUCAAAAACACAGGUGUUGGAGGGAAUAAAUGUUGUCCUGAUUGUUCCUCUUGUGAGAUCACACAUUAAAUGACUUCAUGCUACCAACAAAAAUCUUUCCAAAUAUCUCUAUCCUUUUGCUUUUAUUUGUUUUUUUCGUUUUAAUGCUCUGGAGAAGGUAUUUGAUACAAGAUUUUUGAUACAAGUUAAUGGUCUGAUCCUGUAGCUUUAGCCAGGAAAAACUCCCAUUGCUGUCAAUGCAACAUCUGAGUAAAUUCAAUGAAUUUCCUUGUGGGCUCAGUCCUGCAACCCUUACACUGCUAGUCCAGUUGGUCUCAGGAUCAGCCCCUAACUGUCUCAGUGAAAAAUGUCUAAAAGUAUAGAUUUUAAAAUAGGGAAGCAAAUGCUUGUAAAUAGAUGGGUUAGGGUAUGAACUGAGUGCUUUUUCAGAAAAGUUUUAUAACAAAAUGCAAACAUACAGAUUACUUCCAUGGAGUUGGUCACAAUCUAAUGUACAUUAGAUAACAAAAUGUGCAAAUUUUGCACAGGUAUCUUACUGGCAUUUUCCCAGCAUUAAGCUUUACGAUUUGCAGAAACCAGAUAUAGUAGUUAUAUGGUCAAUGUGAAGGAUGAUCUGGUGGGUAAGGCACUGGAAUGGGCUUCAGGGGAACUGGGUUCAGUUUCUAGCUCAGAUUUUUUAUUUGACUUUGGGCACAUCUGUUAAUCUCUCUGUGCCUCGGGUCCACCUGUGUCAAUACUGCCUCUUGCCCUCACAAGGGUGUUGUGAAUCUCUGUAAGGGCUCAGAUCCUAUAGUGAUGAGGAUUAGAUAGAUACACCCCAAAGGUAUCCAGGAGCAAUUCGGUAGCUGUGUGCAUUUUCGACUCCAAGCUAAAGACUUUAGCAUCUUUUUAAAUUACUGCUUUGGUGAUGGAGUUUUGAGGCUGGUUGUCUGAUGGAUGUUGUUUAUGGGAAUCUAAGUCUCAAAUGCUGACUUUGAAAGACCAGUUUAGUACAGAUCCAAAACAACUUUCUGCUUGAUUCUUUCUUUGACCUUUUGAAUAUUUCCUUAUAAUGUUUAUCUCUCUGCCAAUAAAACCUGCUUUACAGUGUCCUAUUUAUUCCAAAAGGGCAUAUGCAUGACUGCCUUAAGCAAUUUAGCUCUCCUUUCCCUGCUAAUUGGGAUGGUUGUGUAUUAUAAUUUAUUUUUUCAAACAAUGAGCAGAAAUACAAUAGAAUAAACUGCAGUAGAUUGAGUGGCCUUAGAAAGAAGAUACUACAUCUUACUGAACUGUGGGUUUGCAGCACAGAAUACAGAGUGGUAGUGGGCUUUUGGAGCCGCCUCCAAGGCCUGCGUUGCUGAGGAAAUGCAACUUUUUUUAUUUUUUCUUGAGUGCUAAAAAGCUACUAUGUUGCCAUGACAAAAGCGUUAUUAUUUCCUGUCUUUCUGUGUCCAUUUUAAUGUUGUACAGAAAUACAUAUAAAUAUAUAUCUGAUGCCCAGGAUUCAUAGCACAUGAAGGAUAUCAAAGAAGGAAUAAAAUCAUAUAUUGGUGUACAAAAUAUUUCCAUUGCUAAGAUGGUCCUUUCUGCAAGACCCUGUUUUUAAUCAUAAUUUGAAAGUGGUUGGGAGGGCUAGAAAUAAUAACUCUUUGGGAUGUUUAAGAUAUGAAAACACACCCUGCUUUUAAGGGUUAGUUGGUUAGGUGUGUGUGAGAGAGAGUGUGUGUAAAUACAAUUUGCAUGAGUUUAUUUAAAUGUAAAGGCAAAAUAAAUAUAUUUAUUUUCACUUGUAUUAAAGCACAGAAUGGCUGCAUUUUUCAAAACCUGUAACCCUAAGUAAGAAAAUAUACCAUGGUAAUUUACUGUAUUUCUCCCGCAUUUUUUUUACCGAAUUUAUAAUACUGUUCUCUCUGGGUAUUUUGCUUUUCAUUUAAUUUCCAAAAUAAAUUUUUUCUUGUGUUUUAUCUA